ACCAGCAAAGAUUAAGAUGACCGUGAAAGCGAUGGCGUGUGCGUCCCUCUUUGCAGCAGAUCGAUUUAGCGAAUAAAGUCCGCAAGUGUGUUUAAUUUUGCCUAACUGUCACUUCAUCAAUCCAUUUAGUAAAAUGGUCAAACUGUGACUUUUCUGUUUUCUAAUUAAUUCAAACGAAACUAAGGGAACAAAUGGAAAUGAGGCGGAGGGGCUCGUACACCGUUUAUCAAAUCGAAAAGCCGCCGGACCGAAACGCGAAAAGUCACAGCAAUGUUAAGGUCAUGGAUAUUCCCGCCUAUUUCGAAUCACUAGUGGCGUGUAUGAAGUUCCUGGGAUUUUUGACACUCGAACGGAAGAAGCAUUCCCAUUUGUUAUCCGAGAAGAUACGUGUCACAGCGCUCAAAACAGUGCGAACGAUAUAUCUUAUUUUAAUGUGGGUCUGGACAAUUCUAAUGAGCAUCAACAUUUUCUGGUUGGCGAUAGCGGAAACCACCGAAGACGGAGUGAGUCCGGUGGACGGACAACACGCUAACAUGAUCAUCACGUUGUUAAACGAAACUCCCUACGCUUUUAUCACGAUCCGGAAUGCUGUGAUACUGAGCCUGUUUGUAUCCAAUGGUCCCCGCCUAAUUGAUGCGAUUCAGUGGUGUGAAGAUCUGCGUUGCAAAAUCGCUUUUUUCGGUGUUAACGUCUCUAUGGAAAAGUGCGCCGGUCGGCCACUGCAAGUCAUCGUGGCCACUGUGAUGGUCAUCGUACUGUGGGAGGUGCACGAGUGGAAUGUCUGGUUUGGCACAUUGGGCAUAACAUAUUCGUGGAAUUUUGCUCCCUUUCCCUUCGCACUGGUCCAUUAUUUCUAUGCGUCAUUGUGGUGGGCUUUCACGAGUCUGCCGUUUAUUUUUGCUCAAUUAGCACUGGCGUUCCCGGUGCUGUUUUCCCAUGUGGCACGAAAGUAUAUUAAAUUUUUAAACCAUGAACUGAAAGAGCUGGCGCUGGCCACGAGUUCCGAUGUCGGACCGGAACUGCUACGCGCGGAACUCAGCCAACGCUUAACGAAAUUGCGGAAGCUGCAGUUUGAGAUCAACGAACUAAUCGCCAGAAUCGACAAGCUGAUCAGGGCGAUGCUGUUAUGGCAGUUCAUAUUUGAUGUCAUUGUAUUGUUUGGGUUUGUCGGCUUACUGGUUAACAGUAAAGAUGUGAAGCCACCCAAAAAGACACUGGAGUGGACAUUCUUCAUUCCCAGUUCCAUUAUCUGGUUUUGCUUUUUCUUGUUCUACUUUAACAUUCCUUUGAUUCAAAUGGCCAAUGAGGGCGAGAAAACCCAUAAUUUGGUCCAUGUUUUGACCAUUUCGUCUGCAUGGUUACAUCAGGAGAAACACCGUGAUAUGCACGUUUUCCUGGAAGAAACGAAACAUUCGACAACGGCGUUUACUGGUGGAAAUUUUUAUUACAUUAAUAGACACUACAUUGUAACGUGCUUUGCACUAUUGGCCUCGGAAAUUACGGUUUUGGCGGAAAUUCUGGAUAGAUUUUAUGGAACACUGGAGAUAAAAACCGAGAUCAAGUAUUUAAGGAAGCUUAUGGAGGACAGUGCCACGAUCAAUAACACAACGUCCCACAGCAGCUUUGAAGUUACUAAUCACCGUCCGGGUUGGACGGAAAAGGGUUAAUAUUGCUGAGUCACUAUGGUUUUAUACUCGCAUUUUUAUACUCGCACAAAACUGCUCCAGAAUAGAUUUUUUCACGAAAUAUGUGGUAACGAUUUCCGAAGAAAUCGGACAUUGCACCGUUUCCUUCCGUCGAAUAUUGAUGCCUCUGCUACAAACCGCCUUUUUUACAGUAAUAAAUACUCUAAUAAGUAUUUUACUGGUUCGAUCGUUCACUGUAUAAAGCUUAGAGUAAUACGCAAACAUUUGAUCGGUGAAUAAAAUACCUUGCCAUUAUGUUCUUUGGGGUUGUGUUUAGCAGAACACACGUGUAUGUAUUAUCCAACACUGGUUACGGUUAUUACUGUUUAAUAAUGCGCGCAAAGCGUUAGCUUUUAUGAUGGCAUUCGCGCAACAUCUGCUAAGAAUUUCGCUACUGUCCCAGCACCGGCUGCAGAGUUGUAACAGUUCUUCCAAUACUGCGCCUGCUCCUGCAGCCCUGUAGGAAUAGCUUGUAAACAAGAGGAAGGUCGGCCGGUGAUGUACAGUUUGGCUCUGGCUGCCAAAGCACUUAGCGCCGGCUUUCGAAGUUCCUGCCAGGUGACCUUUGUCCAGUCCAGUCCGUAUUUUUCCUUUAUCUUAGCGUGCAGCUUUUUCUUGGCCGUAGGAUGCGUUUGUGUAUCCACAAAGCCGAUGUUGUCAACCUAAAAUAGAAGGGAUUCUCGCACCGGAAAAUUACUGCACCGUAAUUAUCAUACAUAUUCACGCAGGAUUUUCUGCUGUUGUAAACGUAAAGCCAAUAAUGCAUAUAUUUUUAUAGGUAUUAGAGGUACACCUUUUGAAUGUUUAUAUACACUUCCCUUAAACUAAGUAUUAUGUAACUAUAAAUGUUAUUUAUUCUG